AUGGAUGAUGAAAAUGACGCUGAUCGGCUAACUGAUGACACAUCAAGUGAGGUCGAUUCAAUGGAUGACGGCUUUGCUGGUGUUCAAACGGUGAGUGCAUCGUCCAGCGAUGGUGUAUCAGUCGAUGAUUCAGUCGUCAGCAGUGAUCAAGUAGAGGACGAGCAAAUGAAUUCUGAUGAAAAUAGUGACGUAAUGAAUUCAAUUCCUUCAGAUGAAAAUACAGAUGAACAAAGUAUCGAGGUUCCAAUCGAAGUUGCUGUCUUUUCUAGAAAGUAA